ACCAACACGGACGGAGGGCUGUGUCUCAGCGUGCGAAGUGGAGAACUAUUUGUAAGAACCGCAGUUUGCUGACAAAAUGAAACGGAAUCAUGAUUACAGUUCAUCAGACAGUGAAGUGGACGAAAACCUCGAGCUGGAGAAGGAAAGCACUGAUGAAAAUGGAAAUCUUUGUUCUCCAAAUGGUUCCUCGUCGCCGUCCACAACCACCCAAGUUCAGGCCAGAAAACGCCGCAGAGGAAUUAUCGAGAAACGACGACGGGACCGAAUCAAUAACAGUUUGUCCGAACUACGACGACUGGUGCCCAGCGCACUGGAGAAACAGGGCUCUUCAAAGCUUGAGAAGGCAGAAAUUUUACAGAUGACGGUCGAUCACUUGAAGAUGCUCCACGCGGCAGGAGGCAAAGGCUUCUUUGACGCCCAUGCUCUAGCGAUGGACUACCGUAUUCUGGGAUUCAGGGAAUGCCUCGCGGAGACCGCGCGCUACCUCAGCAUUAUGGAAGGUCGGGACACGGCGGACGCCCUCAGGCUACGUCUGGUCUCCCACUUGAGUAACUACGCCUCACACAGGGAGGCACAGUCUGGACUGGGGCACUUAGUUUGGGGGUCUACAUUUGGGACACCCCCAUCUCACCUCGUGCACCACCCCCUCCUCCAACAGCAGCAAGGCCAGAUCUCCAGCAGUACCAGCAGUCCAUCUUCAUCUUCAUCAUCAGCAGCUGCAGCGGCGGCAGCAUCGUCGCCAUCUUCAUCAUCAUCAUCUUCAUCAUUGUCCAUGACAUCAUCGUCGGCAGAGACUGCGGCCCUCAGGCUGACGGGCAUGACCCUGACAGACUCCAAACCCCAGCUCAUAUUAACCCCACACAGUCUAGCCCACAGCCUACCCAUCCCCUCAUCCAAACUCUCUCCUUCUCUCCUCUCCUCGUUCACUGCUGUCCCUCUCUCUCUCAGCGCGUUUCCUCUCCUCUCCCCCGCCACCCUCCCACCAGCCUCCACCCCCCCAGUGGGCAGGAAACCCUACCGACCCUGGGGCACCGAGAUAGGAGCUUUCUGACCUCCUCUCGGACAGACUGAAGGCGACAGCUGUGCUGCUCGUGGCCAAACGCACGAUUCGACGUCUCUCAGUCCCGUGACUGGAGGAGACGCUGAAGAGGAGAUGACAAUGGGCCAGUUUUAUAUGUGAAAUAUAUUGACGUAUGAUUUUGUUUUUGUGUUUUUUUUAACAUGUGCUGACUUUUUUCUGGGUAAUUUUAAGUCAAAUAUGUUUGUUUAUCGUCCAGUUUGUGUCAUGAUGGAUGAGUCUGUGAGAAAAGAGCUGUUUUUUGUGUGAAAAUUUCUAGGUCACACUGGUUUAUGGAAAGAGAAGCGUUUGGUUUUUUUCCUUGGUUACUCUAAUGGACACUGUGAAACAUGUGACCUCAAUGCAACACAAUGUGAUUGUUAAACAGACUUUAUAAAAGUCCCACGUCACCCAAUACCCUUCCAGUCUAUGCAUUAUGUGGUGUUGUGAAGAAAGUGUUUGUUUUGGGGUUUUUUUUGUAAUGGUUGAAAGUACUUGUUUGAGACUUGACAGCUGUGU